AUGCCUUUUCGGUUUGGGACCCAGCCAAGGAAGUUUCCAGUGGAAGGAGGAGAUUCUUCAGUUGGGCUGGAAUCUGGGCUGAGCUCCAGUGCUGCCUGUAAUGGGAAAGAGAUGUCACCAACCAGGCAACUCCGAAGGUGCCCUGGAAGUCAUUGCCUGACAAUAACUGACGUUCCCAUCACUGUCUAUGCAACAAUGCGAAAGCCACCUGCACAAAGCAGCAAGGAAAUGCAUCCUAAAUAGCAUCAUUAAGUCUUUUGUAGAGGUUUGACUAGG